CAAAUGCAAGUGUUGUAUGCUAGUUUCGAAAAGUUGACUUUUACCCUUGCCGCUCAUGUAGAGUCGACUACAAAACCCGGACCAUAUGUGGGGAACUCGGACAUAUUUCACACAACUGACCAAACGCGAGACCAAAACAACCUGGCAACCCAAAUUUUGCAAAGGCCAAGGGACGUAAACUACAUCAGUAUCUUGGAGGAAGAAGAAAGACCCACCAGAAGCGAUGAAGCAGUAGUAAUGCCUGCAGACCGCCCUAACUCUAUCCUUCACAAAGAACAAGAAGCUGCCUUAAAGAAGCAGAAGCCCAAGCUGAUGAGAGACCGAAGUCCACCUAACUAA